AUGCUGGGGAUCCUCUGCACUCUCAUCACUGCUCUAACAUAUGUUGAUGCAGUAAAAGUUCUGACCCAGACACCUGCUGUCCACACAGUUUCUACAGGACAAGAAGUUGUUCUCAAAUGCAACAUCCAGAGAGAUGAUAAUCGCUAUGUCAACUGGUAUAAACAGGUUCCUGGUAAACCUCCUCAGUAUGUUUUGGAAUUUCACCGUUCUAACAGAUCACCCAGCUUUGGAACAGGAUUCUCCUCAGACCGAUUCAACUCUAAAACCUCAUCAAACAUAGAUUUCCAGUUCAUCAUUAAGAGAGCAGAGACAGGAGAUUCUGCAGUUUAUUUCUGUCAUACAUGGGACAGCUCUGCUAACGAUGUGGUAUUCGGACAAGGAACCAAGCUGAUUGUGACAAGCUCCAGUGUCUCUCCUCCUGUCCUGACAGUCUUCCCUCCGUCCAGUGCUGAGCUCCAGUCCAACCAAGCCACUCUGGUCUGUCUGUCCAGUCAGUCUGUGCCUUUUGCAGAUGUGACCUGGUUGUCUGCUGGGAGUCCAGUGAGCAGUGGGAUCUCUACCAGCACCGCUGUUCAGCAACCAGACCAGACUUUCCAAAUCAGCAGCUAUCUGUCCAUCCAGAUGUCAGACUGGAACAUGGAUAAGGUUUACACAUGUAAAGUGUCUUUGGGCUCCCAGACUUCAGAGACAAACAUCAACAAGUCAAAGUGUCCCUGAAGAAUAGUAGAGGAGCAGAAUGAGCAUUUCAAAUCUGCUUCUUUACUGUUUGUGCUGUUUGCUC